AUGGCCAAGACACUCCGUGACUACUCCACUCCUGCUGUUGCCAACGUGCCGACUCGGCCCGCCGUCAAUAUGGGGAAUGGAAGCUUCGAGAUCCGCACUGGCCUCAUCUCUAUGGUGCAGAACAAGAAAGCUAUUGACACAUGGGAAACGUGCUCCGCGGCAUUCCUCGCCAAGUUCUUUCUUGUGAGCAGGACCAGCGCUCUUAGGUGGAAGAUCUCUAACUUCCAGCAGUCUUCACUUGAGUCCAUACCCGAAGCAAGGGAGAUGCUCCAGGAGUACAUCCGGGCCUGUCCUCAUCAUGGAAUGGAAGACUGGCUUCUGCUCCAGAGCUUCUACGAAGGCCUCACGGCCAUGUCAAAGGGGCACGUAGAUGCCGCAGCUGGAGGUGCAUUCCUUUCUCUCACCAUUAAUGAAGCUACUGCCGUCAUCGAGAAGAUGGUGGCAAAUGAAAGCUGGGGAGGAAGAAGGAAAACACAAAAAGGCUCGCAAUCUACGAAGGAGGUAGAUGUUCUUGCCGCAAAAAUAGACUUGCUGCUGCAAAGGAUGGACGGACAAGUUGCAAAUCCCAACAAGGGCACCGUCCAAGAAGUGAACUCACAAACAUCGUGUGAAGUUUGUGGUGAUGAUGGCCAUUCGGGGAACAAUUGCCCCGAAACCCAAGAAGAAGCAGCAUAUGUAAACAAUGGGUUUCGGCCACCACAACAAGGUAACAACGGGUGGAACAAUCAGCACCGCCCGCAGGGUAAUUUCUUCAAUCAGCCUGCCUUGAAAGAUCUGGUCAUAGGGCAACCUAAAAUCAAUGAGAAUCUGGCCAAGAAGCUGUCCUACAAUGACAAGAUCAUUGAGAACAUCAACGCCAAACUUGAAACUCUUUGUUCAUCUGUCAAAAGUCAGACGAGUUUCAACAAGAUGAUAGAAACACAGAUAGCACAGAUAGCUGCAUCAAUUCCAGUCACUGACACAGAGAGGAUCCCAGGACAACCGAAAACCUCUACUAAGUUCAUCCAUGUAGCCACAGAAAAAUGA